AUGGAGCACGGGGACCCUAACCCCGCUCCAGAUAGAGAGACGUGCGCGGAAUACUUCGCGCUACCGUUUCAGAUUGACGUAGAAGAUAUUUUUAUUACGUUAAAAACUGCACAUCAUGUGGUAUGGCCAAAUGUGGUAUUUUUUAUAUUGGUACACUUGGGGUCACUUCAUGGUAUUUACUUAAUUUUCACAAAAGCUAAAUGGCAAACUCUUGUGUUUACCUAUUUUAUGUAUAUUGUAUCUAACACGGGUAUGACAGCCGGUGUACACAGACUUUGGGCACAUAAAGCGUACAAAGCGAAGUUACCCCUGAAGAUUCUACUCGUACUUAUGAGUACAAUAGGCUUUCAAGGCUCAGUACACCAGUGGGUACGCGACCAUCGCGUUCACCAUAAGUACAGUGAGACUGACGCUGAUCCUCACAACGCGACACGUGGAUUCUUCUUCUCCCAUAUUGGUUGGCUGCUAAUGAAGAAACACCCGGAGGUCACAGCUAAGGGACACGAUAUUGAUAUGAGUGAUUUGCGGGCUGAUAAGUUAAUCUGUUUACAAAAAAAGUACUAUUAUCCAUUAGUUUUGUUGUUAUGCUUCAUCACUCCAACUGUUAUUCCUCUCUUGUGGGGUGAAGAAAUGUGGACCGCCUUUUUCGUUGCUGGAAUAUUACGAUACACAUUCUCUUUACACACAAUAUUUUUGGUUAACUCUCUAGCCCAUAUGUGGGGAACAAAGCCCUAUGAUAAACGGAUGAAACCAGCAGAAACGAAGUCUGUAUCGUUCCUAGCAUGUGGAGAAGGUUUUCACAAUUACCACCAUGUUUUCCCAUGGGACUACAAAGCAGCUGAGAUGGGUGGAUACGCCUUAAAUAUAUCUCGAUUAUUUAUCGAUACCAUGGCAAAAAUUGGUUGGGCUUAUGACUUAAAGACGGUAACUGAAGCGACCCUAAAGAGACGUAUAAUCAGAACUGGUGAUGGGACACACCCGAGUUUAUUGAAAGAAAAUGACUCAUUUUAA